CAGGGGGAGGGCGCAGGACAACUUUGGACAAAUACACACAGACCCGCACACACCCAGAGACGGCCGUGUGGGGCUAGAGCAGAGGCUGGUGGAACUCUCAGCUCCUGGGCUCCCCGGCCCCUGCUGGAAAAGAAUGAGCUGGGUAAGGAACGGUUAACGAGAAGACGUGCCUUGCUCACUGUGCACAGUACAACAAAGAGCUGGCAGCUCCCGAAGGAAAAGGGCUGGUGCGGCUGCCGUUCAAACUUGUCAGUCAGCUCUCGCCAGCAGCCUCCGGGUCUGCCUCCCCGGCACACUCUCAUUACAUGUGUCUGUCUGGCCUGCUCUGUCCAUCUGCUCGGAGCCGCUCCUGCCGCGUCGGGGGUUUCUGCCUUCCUCCACGGGGCGCAGGGCUUCUCUGCCACCCCGCGCCUCUCCCCAGCGAGGCUCCUGCUUUAUGCUAGCUGUGGACUGCCCGCACCGUCUGCCUGCCCGUGACUUCUAGAAUGGAAGAAGCCGAGCUGGUGAAGGAAAGACUUCAGGCCAUCACAGACAAAAGAAAAAUACAGGAAGAAAUCUCACAGAAGCGUCUGAAAAUAGAGGAAGAAAAACUAAAGCACCAGCAUCUGAAGAAAAAGGCCUUAAGGGAGAAAUGGCUUCUCGAUGGAGUCAGCAGCGGAAAAGAACAAGAAGAGAUGAAGAAGCAAAAUCAACAAGACCAGCACCAGAUCCAGGUUCUAGAACAAAGUAUCCUCAGACUUGAGAAAGAGAUCCAAGAUCUCGAAAAAGCUGAGCUGCAAAUCUCAACCAAUGAAGAGGAAAUUUUAAAGAAACUAAAAUCAGUUGAGAGGACAACAGAAGACAUAAUAAGGUCUGUGAAGGUGGAAAAGGAAGAAACAUCAGAAGAGUCAAUCGAAGACAUCUAUGCUAAUAUCCCUGACCUUCCAAAAUCCUACGUGCCUUCCAGAUUAAGGAAGGAAAGAAAUGAAGGAAUAGGAGAUGAUGAACAAAACAGAAAAGCUUUGUAUGCCAUGGAAAUUAAAGUCGAAAAAGACUUGAAAACUGGAGAAAGUACAGUCCUGUCGUCAAUACCUCUCCCCUCAGAUGACUUUAAAGGUACAGGGAUAAAAGUUUACGACGACGGGCAAAAGUCAGUAUACGCAGUGAGCUCUAAUCACGGUGCGGCGUACAACGGCACCGAUGGCCUGGCCCCAGUGGAGGUGGAGGAAAUUUUGAGACAAGCCUCCGAGAGAAACUCUAAAUCCCCAACAGAGUAUCAUGAGCCUGUCUAUGCCAAUCCAUUUUGCAGGCCUACAACUCCACAGAGGGAGAAGGUAACUCCUGGACCAAACUUUCAAGAAAGGAUAAAGAUGAAAGCUAACGGACUAGGUAAUGAUAUGAAUGAAUCCAUACACAAUCUGGACAAUGGGCUCCCAGAAGGGAGGGGCAACAGUUUCAAUCAUGUCAGCCCCGUUCGGCCGACACCUCAACCCCGAUCAAUGACUCAGCAAGCUGAGGAGAUGCCCCACACCCUACAAAAGCAGCUGAUGACUCCUUGGGAAGAAUCCAAUGCGAUGCAGGACAAAUACGUGGCCUCUCCAAAGGCAAGACUGAGUCCCAGUGAAGCACUAGUUGUCAAGUCAGAACACCAGGAUUCUUCUGCUGCUUGCCAGGAGGACGAGGAAGACAUUAGAUAUAAUAUCGUUCAUUCCCUGCCUUCUGAUAUGGCCGAUUCAGAACCUGUGACGAUGAUUUUCAUGGGGUAUCAGCAGGCAGAAGACAAUGAAGAAGAAAAGAAGCUUCUGGCAGGGUAUGACGGGAUCAUCCAUGCUGAGCUGGUUGUGAUUGACGAUGAGGAGGAGGGUGAAGGGGAAGCUGAGAAGCCGUCCUACCAUCCCGUAGCUCCCUACAGUCAGGCUUACCAGCCAGCCACACCAACGCCGCUUCCUAGAAAGAGAUCAGAAGUUAAUCCCUGUGAAAACACAAACCACAAAUCUCCCCACAAAAAUUCCAUAUCCCGGAAAGAGCAAGAAGAAAGCUUAGGCAACCCGGUUCAACACUCUCCGCUUGACGUUCAGAUCGCCGGAGAUGGGACUGAGGACCCGUCCUUAACAGCUUUAAGGAUGAGAAUGGCAAAACUGGGGAAAAAAGUUAUCUGAGAGGUGUAUCAUCUACCUAAACAUCCUUUGGAGAAGAAACUAAGAAACAUUUGCCAACUUCUCUUCUGGGUAUUUUGUUUCUUUUUUCCUGAGACUCCAAAAAUUAUAAUUAUAGCCAUAUUAAGCCAUGUGAAUAAGCAGUAGUCAUCAUUUGUGAAAAAUUCCAAAAAAGCUAGGGAGAACAAACGCUUAACUUUUCCAGUUUCUUGACACAACUCAGUGUGGGGGAGAAACCAGCAUAUUUUUAUUGUAUUGAUACCAAAGCAUUUCUAAUAAGAGUGUGUUAAAUUUAAGAAUAAAGUUAUUUAAAAUA